AUGCCGCGGGAGCAGUUAUACUGCGAGCAGAAGCGUGGGUCGGGUGGGAGGUGGAAGCAGAGGAUCUCGUUCGGCGGACAGAGCCGGCGGGCGGGAUCCAACACGUGGGAUCCAACACGUGGGACCACCAGAGUCUUACUCCGGGGUCCCGGCGGUCGGCAACGGAAAGCGGUCGCAAACGGACGAAAAGUGAAGGGGGCAAAGCCACCCGGAAAAG